AUGACCUUAAAAAGUAGCAUCUUCCACAGCCAAUCAGCAGUCGUCUACCACAAUUGGAAUGACAGCAGGAGUCCCAAAGAAUUCAAUACGGUUAAAUCGACAGUUCCAUUUAACAUGACCUAUAUAGACAAAGUCGAGAAUUUGCUUAGAGUGCCCAAUAUAAGAAAUAUAGACGAAGAACACAGAAUAAAAAAGAAAUUGACGAAAAAAUCGCCAAAAAGAACUAUACAGAAGAUAAUUAAGAAGAGUCGAUCUCACAAGAAGCUGUAUAUGAACCAGCAAACUAGUACUACAAAAUCACCGACAAAUGGAGAUGUAUUAGAUUAUUAUGAAAAUGAAGAAAAUUCACAGAUGAAUGCUAAUUUGACAAAUACAAAGAUGAAGGACAAGAAAAAACAUAAAUGGAAUAACAGAGUUUCUAGAUAUCCGAUGCCUUUUCAAAAAUUGCAUUCUAUGAAAGAACAUAGGAGAAAUAGAAGAAGUGACGAUAGAGAAGAUUUAUUUGUUCUUACCGAUCUCGAUGAAAUAGAAUUUCUCAACAAUAAUGAUAACGAUGGUGAUAAUAACACAGAUGUUGUUAAUGUACAUGUUAAGAAAUAUUGGUGAUUUUAUAAAAUCAAAUAUUUAUAAUCUAUUUUACUUCUUUUUUUUUAUAUUUUUUUUUAAAUACCACUUGAAUAUGAAAUACUAUCAUACCUUUUUUUAAUAGUUUUAUACUUGGGAUUUGUAUAUUUAAAGAUGGGGAAAGUAGCUUUUUAAAACACAUAUGUAAUUAUUGAAUAAAAAAGCAAGGUCUGCGUUCUUUAGUAAAUGAAUGAAUUCCAAGGUAUUUAAGGGAGGAUAAUCUGUCAAUGUCGUCAACAACUAAGUAUUAUUGAAAUAGUUCGAAGCAAUUCGUAAUAGUGACCUAUAUUAAAUAUUUUUUGUUAUUUCCAUUCUCAAACCUAAGUUUCGUAUUACUAAAGUAUUAUUAAAAUACUUAAGUAAUACGCAAUACGAGCUUAAAGAAAAUGUAUUAAAAGCUCCAUUAGUCACAAAUUUCAUUAGGUUUAUUUUAAAACUAGCUUUUGCCCGCGAUUUUG